CUGAUCCCUGUUCAAAGCCGCGGGAGCCGGAUACGCCACCGACUCGUCUUCCUGUUCUGCCGGGGACGAACUGACUAAAAUGCAUCGUGAUAGAAGUGAAAUUUAACUGUUGUGUGCAGUUUUACCGGAACCAAGUUGUUUGUUGGUUUAACAUCAGGCGCGUUUGAGUUGAUUUGUGCGAAAAGAGAACUUCGCUUUCGGUUGUGAGCCGUUUGCCACAAAAAUGGCUCCGACGAUCCAGACACAAGCGCAACGAGAAGACGGACACAGUAGGUCGUCCUCUCACAGAUCUGUCCCAGAGAGGUCGGGGGUUGUCUGUCGAGUGAAGUACUGCAACAGCUUGCCCGACAUUCCCUUUGAUCCUAAAUUCAUCACAUAUCCAUUUGAUCAGCACAGGUUUGUACAGUAUAAAGCCACUUCUCUAGAGAAGCAGCACAAGCAUGAGCUGCUGACUGAGCCAGACCUUGGGGUCACCAUUGACCUCAUCAACCCAGACACCUACCGCAUAGACCCCAACAUAUUGUUGGAUCCAGCGGAUGAAAAACUGUUGGAAGAGGACAUCCAGGCUCCAUCCAGUUCAAAGAGGUCCCAGCAGCAUGCCAAAGUGGUCCCAUGGAUGAGAAAGACGGAAUAUAUUUCUACAGAGUUUAACAGAUAUGGUGUUUCAAAUGAGAAAGUGGAAGUCAAGAUCGGUGUAUCGGUCAAACAACAGUUCACAGAAGAAGAGAUCUACAAGGACAGAGACAGCCAGAUUUCUGCUAUCGAGAAGACAUUUGAGGAUGCACAGAAGUCGAUUGCACAGCACUACAGCAAACCCAGAGUUACUCCUGUGGAGGUACUACCUGUGUUCCCUGACUUCAAGAUGUGGAUCAACCCAUGUGCUCAGGUCAUCUUUGACUCUGAUCCGGCACCUAAAGACCAAUCAGCACCACUAGGAGUGGACAUGAUGUCUCAGGCCAUGAUCAGAGGCAUGAUGGAUGAGGAAGGAAAUCAAUUUGUGGCCUACUUCCUGCCCAACGAAGACACACUUCGCAAGCGCAAGAGAGAUUGUGACGAGGGCGUGGAUUACAUGGCUGAGGAUCUAUAUGAUUACAAGAUCGCCAGGGAGUACAACUGGAAUGUCAAGAACAAAGCCAGCAAAGGUUAUGAGGAGAACUACUUCUUUAUCUUCAGAGAUGGAGAUGGUGUUUACUACAAUGAGCUGGAGACGAGGGUGCGGCUGAGCAAGAGAAGAGCCAAGGCUGGAGCACAGUCGACCACAAACGCAGUGCUGGUUUGUAAGCACAGAGACAUGAACGAGAAGGAGCUUGAAGCUCAGGAUGCACGUAAAGCUCAGCUGGAGAACCAUGAGCCAGAAGAUGAAGAAGAAGAUAUGGACUUGGACAAAGACCUGCAGGACUCCGGUGACGAGAAAGAGAAGGGUAGCGGCAGCGAGGCCGAGAACUCUGGUAGUGAAUCCGAGAAGGAGGAUGAGGAGCGACAACAGAGGGGAGACGAUGAAGAAGAGGACGAGGACAAAGGGAAGAGACAGAGGAAAGUCAGCGGCAGCGGAAGUGAAAGUGGCGAGGAGAGGACCAGAGAAAUGCGUGACGAGGAAGAGAUCUUUGGCAGUGACGAUGACAGCGAGGACAACGAAGACAACGAGGACAAUGAGGACAACGAGCCCAAGAAUUCGGCCAGGAGCAGCGGGGACGAGGGCAGUGGAAGCGAGGAUGAAGGAAGAAACAGGGGUGGCAGCAGGAGUCGCAGUGCAUCUCCAGCCCACAGCGACCGCAGCAGCGAUCAUUCAGAGACCCGGGCUCAGAGCGGAAGUGGAAGUGAGAGAGCCUCAGACUCCAGUGAUGCCAGUGACAGUGAAUAAGAUGCAUCUGUCUUAUCUGUACAUCCAGCUACAAACAUUUAUGAUUGCUUCUGAAAUCCCCAGUGAGAUUUGUGAGCAAGAUGCUCAUUGGCUUCGGACUGGAGACAUCUCUCUUCAAUCCAGUUUUUAGAUUUAGCUCAGUAUGUAUUUGUACACCAUUUCUGUUUAUGUCUGUCAGAUCUUCAUCACAGGAUCAUGUCAAAAUAAAUGUCUUUAUUCUCCCAGAUUUUUGCAUGUCAUUAUGUCACAGCUUUGGAACUGAUUUUGAAUUGCAGGUGGCAUUUUGUAAUAAACUCUGGUCAAAGGUU